CACAGGCCUGCCCCUGCACAGGCCUACUCCUGCACGGUGUCGUGUCAGAUCUCUCCCGGAUCCAAAUUUCUCCCGGCUGACGCCACUGUGCAUGCGCACCAUAUCGAGGCAACAGCAUCAAAACAUCACCCAGAUCCUGCCCCUGCAAAGACCCUCUCCCUGCAAAGAUCCUGUCCCUGCAAAGACCCUGCCCCUGCUAAGGCCCUGCCUGCCUGCAGAGGUCUUGUUCCUGCACAAGUCCUGCCGCUCUGUACAGGCCCUGAUCACCUGCACAGUCCCUGCAGUCCUGCAGAGACCCUCAGACCUCACACAUGCACAACCCACAAUGCUGUGGUACUGUUCCUGCUCUAGACUGCUUCAUCCGUCACACGUGGCACUCACAACCCAGCAGUCACUCUGAAGAGUCAAGAUGGCGUCAACAAAACCGUCAGUGAAGGGCGCGACUGGUGCCCCUCGGGAGACUGCCUGGUGAGGAUGGCGAGGCGGUGUCGUACGAAAUCCUUGAGCUGCGAAAAUACUGACGAGUCGGCCUUCUGCGCAUGCGCAUCGUAACAUCAGCACCACAGCAUACGGCUCCAGAGUUUGUCUCUUUUUUCCACAGCCUUAUAUAGCGACUAUACCCUGAUUAUUAAAACCGGUUUUGAUUCAUAUCAAUAGAAGGUGCCUUUAAGUCGUUAUUGAAUAAUUUUUAUAGGCUACAAAGUUAUAUUAGCACUAUCUAGGCUGACAGAACACACGGGGCGCAAGAUUCUUGAGCUCUCAAGGUUUGUCUCCACAGCUUUAUAUAGUGGUUAUACCAUGAUUAUUAAAACUUGUAUUACUUCAUAUCAACAGAAGGUGCUUUCAGGUCGUUACUAAAUAAUUUUGCAGGCUAAAAAAAAACUAUAUUAGCUCAUAUACAGGCCCACAGAACACACGGGGUGCAAGAUUCUUGAGAAGGCCGACGCGCCAGUAUUUUCACAGCUCAAGGAUUUCGCACGACAGCGGCGUCACCAUGAGCGAACAGUUAGCGUUUGGUCGCUGCACAUAAGGACGGCCACCAGCUUUUUGUUUCCUAAAUCAAGGUCGUUUGUUUCUGUGCUAAUGUGACAGCUCUGAUUUCCUGUUUCUAACACAGUUCCCUAUACAAAAAUGCAAAAAUUUCAGUUUAUGAACCCAAAAAUGCAAAAACUGCCGGGAGGAAAAAUAGUCGCCACAGCAAGACCCAAAUGAGGGUAGAAGUGGUGGUAGCGGCGGCGCCCUCCCACUUGUCGAGGUUAAUAUGUCGUUUUGUUGCAUAAAUCAUGCAAAAAUGUUAGAAAAAUCCGGCAGACAAAAAAAUUUCAUGCCAUGCAAAAAUUGAUUGGCGUGAUUCUACUGUGGUGAAAAAUGCAUGAGAAAAUAUGCAAACCAUUUGCAGUGUCAUGUCUGAAAAAAUACUGUAAUAAAAAUGUUAUAAUAAGCAAUGAAUCUACUGAGUUUUGUGAGAUCGCCGCGCGGCUGUGGCUUUACCGGUAAAGCUCCUCCUCGGCGGCGCCCAUGUUCUCGAAGUACUGGAAGACGGAGGUGGACUGCAGCACCGUGUAGUUGAUCUUGCUUUGUGUGGCCAGCUCGUCCAGGGAGCUCACGGGCGUCUGGGGAUCGCUACUGUUUAGUGAGUCUGACAGCCGAGUCACCCUCGCGCGACCCCAGCCUAAGCUUUGUACGGUCUUGCCUUACUGGUGUCCAUCAGCAACCUAAUGUCUGUGCCCUAAUAAACCGUCACUAUGAGGAGCCUACAUGAGGCAAUUCAUUCCUCUAUACAUGCUUUAGUGCGCCACUGUCACCAAUUCGUCUUGACUGGACUUGUUCAAACCGCCGCGAGCUAUUUCCUGCUGUGUGUGGCGCGCCUGAUGCUUCAUUAUUAUCUCCUCUAAAA